GAGAUCUCGGUCCUCACGGCAGCUAAGCUGAGCCUUGAACCCACCAAGCGGGUCUCAAUAUGACAUAGUUUGCGACCGUGGUACUGUACUUACGUCAAUUGUACAGUGUUAUUGUUCUUGGUCUGCCUUGAUCGAUGACUUGAACCUCUGAACAUAACCGGUUGGCCGGGUCCAUUGUCAUGGGAGCCGGUCUUGUACCGAGACAGGCCCUAAGUUGCUCAACCAUAAAUGGGCGUCAGUGCAUUCGCCUCUAGUUAGAGAGCUCUCUGCGCACAGCCUAUGGGUUUCAUACAUCAGGCCGGAAUACGCAACAAGUCGAAAGGAGAGACGUCAAACACAUCGCAACAAUGUCCACAGCCCAGCACAAUCCAUUGCCAUACACCUACGAAACGAAAGUCUAUACCGAGGGGCUCAAUGAUAAGAAGCCCGCGAUCACUUUUGAUCCUUUCAAAUGGGAGGGGCUGGCUAAAGAGUGCCUCUCAGCAGAUAGCUUUGGCUACGUCUGGGGCUCCGCUGGAACGAGAGAAACGGAUGAAAACAACCGGAAGGCAUUCAAGAAAUGGGCCAUCGUUCCCUCCCGUCUAGUUAAAUCGGACUUUCCAAGUUUGAAAACGACGCUGUUCGGCGAGGAAUACGAGUACCCGAUCGCCAUCGCGCCAGUAGGGGUGCAGCGGAUUUUCCACCGGGAUGGCGAGGUUGCUGUUGCUUCCACUGCACAGGAUGAAGGGAUAACAUACAUCCUGAGUUCUGCAUCUUCGACCAGCAUUGAGGACGUCGCAAAAGCCAAUGGGAACGGACCCCGCUGGUUUCAGUUAUACUGGCCGUCAAAUGAUCACAAUGACAUUACAGUCAGCUUGUUGAAGCGCGCCAAGGCUGCCAACUACCAGGUCUUGGUGGUGACACUUGACACCUACAUCCUUGGGUGGCGCCCCUCGGACUUAGAGAAUGGGUAUAAUCCAUUCCUCAGGAAAGACAAUAUCGGAGUCGAGAUUGGCUUCUCCGAUCCAGUGUUUCGAAAGAAGUUCGCAGAAAAGCAUGGCAAAAGCAUCGAAGAAGACAUGGCGACCGCAGCGGCUGAAUGGGCUCAUAUGAUAUUCCCUGGGUUAAGCCAUGGGUGGGAAGACCUUCAGUUCCUACGUCAGCACUGGGAUGGCCCGAUCGUACUGAAGGGUAUACAAACGGUCGAGGACGCAAAGCUGGCAGUCCAGUACGGCAUGCAGGGAAUAGUGGUAUCCAACCAUGGCGGACGCCAGCAGGAUGGGGGAGUGGGAUCUUUGGACAUGCUUCCUGAAAUCGUCGACACGGUGGGAAAGGAUUUAGAAGUCAUCUUCGAUUCUGGCGUGCGUUGCGGUGCUGAUGUGGCUAAGGCUCUGGCGCUGGGAGCCAAGAUGGUACUUAUCGGCCGACCCUAUGUGUACGGACUUGCUAUCGCGGGUAGGGAGGGUGUCCGCCAUGUCCUCCAGAGUACAUUAGGUGAUUUGCAGCUUACUCUUCAUCUGUCGGGGAUCAGAUCGGUGCAGCCAGAGCAUCUGAAUCGGUCGAUACUACGACGGAUGGGGUAGUAGACACUAUACACGUACUACCGAAGAAAGCUGGAUUUGUACUCUAUAAGAAUUGCCAGAUGAAACGAUGAAGAUGUAAAGAAUAGGAAUAGGAUGUAUAUAACAUGUUGAUUGUAUGGAAAUAACUUUAUUGUCUUUGCA